GCGCAGAAGGUGACAUCCAUAGCAACAGGCGUAAAUUUUGUCGGAAAGCUUCAGCUGUAUGGAUCUAUUGACUUUUUCAUCUAAGUUCUGGAUCGCAUGAACACAUUUUGUUGAAAGCAGUCCCCCGUGAAAGCCAUGGACACUAUUGGUUCUCUUGAUUUGGGGUGGGCCCAAGGAUACAAUGGUUCAAAGGCUGACUACAUCAAUCACAAUACAUUAUGUUAUGCAUGUGGCAGUAAUAUCAAGUUCUACAAUACAGAGGAUAAGAAAGAGACGGUGCACCCUAGCCCCGGUGAAGGAAUCAAUACAAUAGCAGUUAGUGGUUCUUACCAUGUUGUGGCCAUUGCAGAACAAGCCAUCAAUCCUAGAAUAUUCAUACAUAUGCAGUCUGGAUUUCUUCACAAGUCUAUUUGUGAAAAUGGUGCACAAUUGGAAUACGUUGCUUUGGCUUUCUCCUAUUCUGGUCGAUUUCUUGCAAGCUAUUCCGGACUUCCUGAAUUUAAAUUAACAAUAUGGAUGUGGGAAACAGGUGAGAAGCUUUGUAGCCAGGGUUUGAACGGUUUGAGCUGCAGCACCCUGUCAUUCAACCCUAUAGACUGGCAUAAAGUUUGUGUAGCCGGGAAUGAACAGCUCUCGUUCUGGAACAUUGAACAGUGCAACAAGAAAUUUUUACUAAUACCAAGUAAAGUGCUAUUGCCAGCUGAAGAUGGGACAGUUGAUAACGCCCCGGACCGGAUUACAAGUGGAGCUACAAACAGAGCUGCUCAGCAGGCGAUUAAAAUAGAUUUGCCUACUAAAGCUGGUAUUGUAGGAGAAAUGGCUGAAACCUUUGAAGGUAUCAAAGAUGACUUGAAAAUCAAAGUUGUUCCAGUUUCUCAUUGUUGGACGGCCAAAGGGGAAGUCUAUGUUGGCUGUGAAGGAGGACAGUUGUUGAGAGUCGACUCAGAGUCCCAGAAAGUUGAUGUUUUAUUCAGACCCAGUAUACCAUCUAAGAUGGGAAGUGAUGAACUGGAUGGCAGACCUAGUACACCCAUCACUGAAGAUCCAGAAAGCACAUCCACAGUUAGUCCAAGCUAUAAUAAUGUUAUGCGAGAUGGUUCUUUAACAUGCAUGGCACUGCAUAAAGAUGGACUGUUUGUUGGUGGUGAGGAUGGAACACUGCGCUGUUUAAACAUCGCCCGUAAUGACAUCAGUUUAGCAGAUAGUUGGCCACUGGGAUCACCAAUAACGUCACUUUGUUUCUCGACUAAUUACACUAAACUGGCCAUUGGAAGCCCUAAGUCAAUGGUAUCAGUAAUUGACAAUGUAUUGCCACUUGUGGUAGAAUAUACUGUGUCUACGGUAUAUGUAGCCACAAAUUGUCAUGAUUGGGAAAGCCAACAGAAAGGUGUAAUUGUUGUGGUUCUAUUCAUUUAUAUGACCCAAAUAAUCCUGGAGCUGCAAGAUUUAUUGUUUGAUCACCAUCAUGGUAAUUUUGUUGGUGUUGACGUCUUGGCUCCUGGUAACCAGCAUUGUGUUACUGUUCGUGAAGAUGGUGAGGUACAAGUGUGGUCCCUUGACAAACCAGAACUUGUCUCAAGCAUUGCCAUUGCAAAAUCAGCGUCCAGUAUCGCUUGCAGUCCAUCAUCCCGAACUGUUGCAAUCGGUACGCUAACCGGUCAUGUGUACUUUGUUGAGUUCAGCAACGUUGACAAUCCACGCAUUAUAACACGUCUGCACAUACAUCAUAACCCUGUAUCUCAUCUUGUUUAUGAACAAUACGGUCGGUAUCUGCUGACUGGCUCUGAUGAUGGACACAUAUUCAUUAUUGACCCAAGACCAUCCACUGAUUUCAAGAUUAUGGGACAUUUGCCUAUUGAAGGGCAGGUUAUGAGUAUCUCUUGUAAUACUCCUCAGAAGAACGGCCACACUAAAGUUGUUGUGACUGCCAAUCCCUUCCAAGAUGGCAAGAUUAGUGCCGGGCACAAAAUAAUACAGUUUGAUAUUAAAAAAGAUUUUAUAAAAGAUUGCAAUGAUCAAUACUACAACAGUCUCAAGCGUGACUUGAAAGACGAAGUGAUCAACAGAAUGAAUCUGAACUUUGCUAUUCCCUCGUACGGCGCUGCUGUGGCUCCUGGGGAAAUCAUCUACGCACUCUCUUACAAUCAUAAAAAACUAUCAAAGAUUCAGCUUCCAGAUGAACCCCCAAAGAAGGAGAACAACAAGGCAUCUUACUUACAACCUACAAAUGAGUUUGCUGGUCAUGAACUACCAGGGGGUAAUGUAUUACUGUCACCACACCAGGAAUGGAUUGCAACAAGUGCUCCAGAUGGACGGCUACUUGUCAGAGCUAUGGACGCAUUGGAUUGUACAGUGAAUGUGGUGUCUCAUAGUUAUCGUACUGGUGGUGUGAAGUGUACCGUAUUCUCAUCAGACUCAAUGUACAUGAUGACGUGUGGCGUUGGAGAUGGAACCCUCAACUGCUAUGCCUGGAAUCUCUCUGCUUCUGGGAAAAACAAGGCUUCUUCAGCUAUAGAAACAUUCCGGACUGUGAACGCCGCCUUGACUGGGAUAAGAAAGAAAGAGGAUGAUGUCUCUGCCAACAUGUUGGAAUGGUUCCCAAGCGCAUCCCAACCUGAAUCAAGAGCGCCCUCAGUGGUAGAGAAAGAGACUCAAGAAAAGUCAGAAAAGAAGAAAGCAAUGGAAAGCGAUGAAAUUUAUACAACUCCUACUCCAACGCCGGGAGAUGACCCAACAUGGUUGGAAUUACAGGAAAUCGAGGCAUUGAAAGAAGAAGACAAGCAGUACUCAAAUGAGAAACGACUGCUGAGAACUGAAGUCAGAGAUCUCAGAAGAACUAUUCAAAGCAUGAUGAAAGAAAACGAAGUGCUGCCAGACACAGAACAGUUAGCACACCACGAAUUCAACCUUGAUGUUGAAGAACAACAAAGACUACAAGCUGAAGGUGAUGCAGAAGUUGAACAGAUUCAUGAAGAUAUUGAAUUUGAGAACUUGGCUAAGAUCUACUUAAGAGAUGUCAUCAAGCAGACUUGCUGGGAUUCCAUGGCUGUGAAAGGAAGAAGUCUCAAGGGAUUCCGUAACUUUGUUGAAGUGACUAACUAUCCCAUGAGAGGAAGAACUAAAGAAGAAAUUGGGAUGUUAGGUUAUGUUUCUCAGCAAAGACAAAUAGAAAUUGCUGAAUCAGAGGCUAGAAAAGAGAUUAUUGAAUUACCUAUCAAACCAGGCACUGCUGGGGGCGAUGAAAUAGAAGAUGAAGACUCAGAGGAAGGUGAUGGAAAAGAACAUCCCUCCACUACUGGCAGUCUUGGUGCUAUGUACGGCGGAGGCAAUCCGCUAUUCUAUAGUCAGUUUGAAUUACAUACUAAACAACAGAAACAGAAUCAAAUUGUAUUACUCAAGGAUGCUAUUUACCGAAUCAAAACCAACUUCAACAAAGAUUUUGAUGAGGUGUACAAAAUGAAAGACAUGGAGAUUGCACGAAUCAAGCAGAAAAAUGUGAGAAUCCGCAAAGUACUGGAAGAUCUGAACAGUAAAGAGGAAGUCUGGCAGCCUGAAUGGACCAUUGAGGAGAAGCCAGAGAGACUGCUGACUGUGGAUGAUUCUGAAGUGAAAGUAGAGAAAUACAUCUCACCCGAACAAAGAAGUAAAUUGGAAGAGGAGGAAAGGAAAGAAGAGGAAAGACUCCUACGAGAGAAAGGUGACAAUGCACGUGAGCGUGCCUUGGAUAUGAUGAUGGGUGGUGUGUUAGAGGUAAAAAAAGAAGACGAACUUAAGAAGGACAUUCCAGUGCCUGCUUUUAUGAGUAAAGCAGCUGAGGAGUGGUCUGAAGAAGAAAAGAAACAAGCAGCAGAAUAUGAGAAGAAAGUGAAAGAACUGAAUGAAGAGAGAGAGAAGUAUCGCAAGACCCUGGAUGCAGAGUUGAAGAAGAUUCAGACCACCCUGGCUGACACUACAGCUAAUUUUGAUGAUAAAUUAACUGACUUGUUUCAUAAAAAGAUUAAGACUGAAAUGGUUAUCAAUCAGGAAGAGCUGAAGAUCGUCCGUUUGCAGUACUCAUUGCUACAAGAAGAAGAACUACAAACUAAAGAGUUUGAAUUGAACAGGAGAUUAAAAUCCAGACAGAGCAAGAAGAACUCUACCGGUACUUCUGUUCAUACUGCAAAGAAAGAAUCUGACAGCUUCCGUGAUACUUAUGAUAUAUUAGUUGCUGAAGACAAAGUGUUAGAUAAAGCUUUCCGUCGAGAGUUUUACGAUACACCGGCUCAGAUUGUGGAUCAGUUGUACAAACUAUUCAGAAGAAGACCCAGAGGUCGAAGAGGAGCUGAACCAUCCAUGGACGUAUUAGUAUCUGGGAGUCCCUAUGGUGAUCGUCCAGUCUCCCCACAGCAACAACUCCUAAAUAUAUUAAAAGGUUUAGAGGAUUUAGAUGAUGAGUCACAUAUGCCAGAGGGCGUGGAAUAUUCAGCAUGGCAAAAGAUGACUCUUGCUCGAAGGAGUAAAGUUGAAAGUGAGCAGAACGUGAAACAAAAAGCAUUGAUUUCUGCUGAUUUGAGUGCGUUUUUACAAAAAAGACAAGAAGAAGAUGAAAAUUUGAAAGCUGAAAUAGAUGAGUUGUUAGAAGCCCAACUUCGCGUGCAAGAUGAAAAGCUGCGUUUUAUGUGUAAUCUGGAAAUACAGUUUCUACUGAAGCAAGGUCAGAUUGAAGUUUUUCCCGGUCCGUUUAUAUAUGAUCAUUCAGAUAGUAUAUUGAUUCAUCGCGGUGUUGUUGAAGACCUCAAUGCUACAAUCCGGCAAUUAGGUGAACAGAAAAUUGCAGCUAUGACUGAAAGUAAAGAUUUCAGAAAAGGAAUCCAUGUAUUGGAAUGGGAACAUAAGAAAAACUUGAUGCAAAUAGAAGAUUUAAUGAACAAAGCCAGAGACAUUCAGAUGUUGAAAGUUACAAGGCAACUUCAAGCUUAUUUGAAUGAUUCAAAUCAUGAAUCAAAGAUUCAACAAGAAAUUGGUAAAUUGGAAGAGACAUUAGACUUGCAGGAUAGGCAUCAUGAAAAGAAUGUGAGAGAACGUAAAGACAUCCUCUCACAAAUUCGUAAAAUUAUUAGAAGGAAGGAGAAGGAAAAUGGAAAAUUAUUGAGAGAACUGCAGGAGCUGAAUGUUUCUGUAACAGAAAGAAAGCACAUCAAUUCUGUCAAUGCUGACAAACACGCCGAUUCCGGAGCUGAGAAGAGAAUGCAUGACAUAGUGCAGAGGCGUAAACUAGUAGACCUAGCCAAGGCACAAGCUCAGGAAGUGGCCGUACUGAGAGCAGAAGUGGAACGAUUACGUAUGAGAACCUUCCCAGCCUUGGUGCAAGUUGAACAUUAGAAAAUAGUAACUUAGAUCCCCUGAUUGUGUGAAUGUGAGAAUCUUUUCUAUGAUGUCUAUCCAAUAUUUACAUACUAAUUCACUAAGUCCUGAUAAUUAUACAAAACCAGGUGCAGUGUUGUCUAUAUAGCCACAUUAUAUACUUUGUACUACCCUAUCCGUCCUCUAAAUCUCAGUACAAAUAGCUAUACUGUUAUCAACAAUUAGUUAUUACUUUUGUGUAUAUAAAAUUCCAGCAAAUUGCUUUAACAUGCUUGUUUUUAAAAUGGUUUAUUCCUGAAUACUGUCUCUGAAUGAUUUGUAUUGUAAUAUAUUAAUAAAACAAUUUGCAUUAUAA